CUCAGCCGCAUCAUUGCCGUCCGGUGUUUUUCGUCCGGUGGUUCUCCAUCGAUUAAAGUACCCGGUGCACAGCUAUUACCACCAGUUGAAGAAAGAAGAAUCGGAAAUACACCGUUUGCAUUGAUAUCAUGGAUAUUGAAGAUAAUGAGAUUGCACUAUUUCCUAACCGGGUGGCGGAUGGUGAAGAUGAUAAUCUAUAUGGGAAAACAGUGCCUAAUGAAGAUGAAG